UUUAUGCAAUAAUUGCAGGUAUGAUAAAUCUGUGGUACCUGACUUGCUUUAGGAUGAAAUUGGAAUAAGACAGUUGCUGUUUUGAUAGAUUUUUGAUGUUUAUUGUUGGAAUUAUUGAUUCAUCAAAUUGUUUAUGAAUCGUAAAAAACAAAAAAAGAUUAAGAUGAAAAAACAGGUAUCUUCUGUUAAAGAGUGAAAGAAAGAGAGAGAGAGGCUUGGUCUUUGCGUCUUUAGAUUUCAUAUUGAGACAUCUCGCUUGAAGUCAUCAUUUUUCAUCUUCUUUGGCUUAGCAGUUGUUGUGAUCUACUAGUUUGAUUCAACAAAUUUGGCUAUUUGGAUCAUUAUGCUUUCAUGACCAACACCAUUCUGAUUAAUACGCCAACAAUGAGCUUAUUUCAUUGAGGCUGUAAAGUGAUAUACGCCCUAGCAUUGAUUGGGGUUAACCAUGAACAUUGCCAAUGAUAAUAGCGGAUCUGUGAUAGAUAAAGACCAUCGAAGCCAUCGGAACCACAGUAACCGGCCUACUCAAUACAGCAGCCAUUAUCGUAGUCAUUUGAUCGGGCCUUUUGGUUCAUACGCUUAUCCAUACCCUUCCCCGACAUACCCUUGUUCAUCAUCAUACUCAACUGGUCCAACUGGCACUAACGGUGCUGGUGAUGGUGGAGGUGGCGGUUGUGGCAGUCAAGGAACUGGUGGCCAUCAUCAUUCGCAUCAUCAUUCUCAUCAUCACUCAUCUUCAUCAGUCAAUCCUGGUGGACCAUCCACCGCUUUCUAUGGUCUGAACUCAUUAAGAGAACCUCAUAAAUCGUACAAUUAUCCUCAUCAAUUACAUUACCUUCACCCACAAGAAUUCCAUCAUCAACUAUCUAAUCCGGGGCAAAUCCCAGCACAUCCCUACGGACCUAAUAGGUAUCAACCACAACAACCUCAGUCAACUCAACAACCUCAUCAUUCACAUAAUUAUUCCUCUCGGGUUUGCUCCAGUGGUGGUGGAGUUGGAAGCGGUGUUAGAGAUACAUCAACAAAUUAUCCAACAAUAUCUUCAGGCACUAUCGGCCUUCACUCAACCCAUUUUUCUCGUGACUACGAAGACCGUAAAAUGAGGGAAGGAACUUCUAGCUAUGGAAAAAAAAGUGGACACAAGAGAAAAAAAAGAUGGCAAAUAUUUCCCGGACGCAAUAGGUUUUUCUGUGAUGGUAAAAUUAUGAUGGCUAAAGAAAUGGGAAUCUUCUGUUUUACAAUUCUAGUUCUUGUGUCAACAUGUACACUUUUCUUUAUCUUCGACUGUCCUUUCCUGGCACGAGAAAUUAGUCCAGUCAUUCCAGUAGUUGGAGGACUAUUGUUUAUAUUUGUCCUCUCUACCUUAUUAAGAACCAGUUUCAGUGAUCCUGGUGUUAUCCCAAGAGCCUCAGCUGAAGAGGCUGCUUAUAUCGAGAAACAAAUAGAAUUACCAAAUCGCCCUCCUCCUAGGACGAAAGAAGUCAGUAUAAACAAUCAGCUGAUUAAGUUGAAGUAUUGUUUCACUUGUAAAAUCUUUAGACCGCCAAGAGCAUCUCAUUGUAGUUUAUGUGACAACUGUGUUGAACGGUUUGAUCAUCACUGCCCGUGGGUUGGUAACUGUGUUGGUAAAAGGAACUAUCGAUAUUUUUACAUGUUCAUUGUUUCCUUGGCAUCUCUUAUAGUUUUUGUUUUCGCUUGUGUCAUAGUCCAUAUCAUUUUAUUGGCAAAGAAUGACAAUUUCUUGGAAGCGGUCAAAAAAUCACCAUUCAGUGUUUAUGAAGGAGUAGUAUGUUUCCUAUCUGUUUGGUCGAUUCUUGGUCUUGCUGGUUUCCAUACUUACUUGGCUAGCUCUAAUCAAACUACCAAUGAAGAUAUUAAAGGCUCUUUUUCUUACAAAAAAGGAUCUGGCAUCAAAAACCCUUACUCAAAAGGCAGUAUUAUAGCCAAUUGUUGUGAUGUUAUUUGUGGGCCUGUUAUGCCUAGCCUUAUCGCUCGACGAGCAUAUUUAGAUGAAUCCGAUGAACCAGAUGAUAAAAACGCUUCACCGCCUUCGCCUGUAACCACUAAAAAUAAAAGUUCGAACGUGUAAAUUUAACCAAAUCACUCAUCAUAUUGGAGAUAUCAUCUUUGUUAUAUCCAAGUUUGUGUAAAUCUCACCAGUGCAGAGGCCAUCAAUGAAAAGAAAAUUUUUUGUAUUGUAAAAUUUGACCUGAAAAUACGACCAUCUUCAAAACCACAAUCAGUUUCAUCGUAAAACUGAGACUCAAAAUAAUUACAAGAAUCUGAAAUAAUCAUUCGAAAGUAAAAAAGUAAAUAUACAAUUCAAUAAUUUGCUUAGGUUCAUCAUUUUCAUGUCUUUGAAGUGGUUCUUUUUUUAAUUUCAAAAAUAUGUAAUGUUUACUAAAUUUUUAAUGCAAUGGAUGUUUAAAUACGUUUA